AUGCGCACUAUUGUGUCCCUACUCAGCUUGGCUGCUGCUAGCUACGCCUUGGAAAAGAGAGCCUCGGCAUCGGCUUACAGCUCCAACUCCGCUGGAAACUAUAAACUCUCCUCAAUUGCCGCACCUGUCCAAGGAGCAGGGGACCCCGGCUCAAGCUCGACAUGGAAGCUCAGCAUCGAUGACACGAGCUCAGGGCACAAGCAAACGAUCGUGGGCUUUGGUGGAGCUGUGACUGAUGCGACUGUCACGUCUUUCAACACACUGUCCAGCUCAAACCUCCAAGCUCUUCUCAACGAUCUCAUGACAGACUCUGGUGCCAACUUUGCUUUGAUGAGACACACUAUUGGUGCUUCUGAUCUGUCUGGAGACCCAGCCUACACCUACGAUGACAAUGGUGGGUCUGCAGACACAUCACUCUCAGGGUUCAAUCUCGGAGACCGUGGAACAGCCAUGGCCAAAAUGCUAGCCUCCAUGAAAUCUAUCCAGUCGGCUUUAACUAUCUUUGGAUCGCCGUGGAGUGCGCCUGGAUGGAUGAAGAUGAACGGUGUCAUCGAUGGGACCACAACGAACAACAACUUGAAUGAUGGAUACUUGAACGGGGGAAGCGCGAACUCGGGGUAUGCUAGUCAAUUUGCGGACUACUUCGUCAAGUAUAUUCAGGCCUACAAGAGUCUCGACGUAUCCAUUGACGCCAUCACCAUUCAAAAUGAGCCCUUGAAUAGCCAGUCCGGAUAUCCCACGAUGUAUGUCUAUGCGGAGGAGUCCGCGGAGCUGAUCCAGAACUACAUUGGCCCUGCUCUUGCUGAUGCUGGCCUUGACACGGCCGUCUGGGCCUACGACCACAACACGGAUGUCCCCAGUUAUCCUCAGACAGUCAUUGACGGUGCCGGCAAGUAUGUCGACUCGGUCGCCUGGCAUUGCUACGCGACCGAUGUAGACUGGACAGUCCUCACCACAUUUCACGAGAGCAACCCAGACGUCAACCAAUACAUGACCGAAUGCUGGACCCCGUCUACCGGUUCGUGGAACCAAGCUGCCGAUUUCACGAUGGGGCCCCUACAGAAUUGGGCUUCUGGCGUGACAGCAUGGACGCUCGGCACCAACUCUGCCGAUGGUCCGCAUCUGUCCAGCGGUGGAUGCGGCACUUGUACUGGUCUCGUCACUAUCAAUGGUGAUGGAAGCUAUACCUUUGAGACGGCAUACUAUAUGAUCGCUCAGUUCAGUAAAUUCAUUCCUGUUGGCGCUAUCGUGUUGAGUGGAACAGGAAGCUACACUUACUCGAAUGGCGGGGGUGUGCAGUCCGUGGCCUCACUGAACCCCGAUGGGACACGGUCUGUUGUUAUUGAGAAUACUUUUGAUAACGAUGUUUACGUGACUCUCAGUACCGAGAGCGGCGAGGAGUGGUCAGGUGACAUUCCGAGUGAGUCUGUCACCACUUGGGUGCUUCCCGCUUCGUCUUAG